CUGUCCCCGGGCUUAGAUUUGUCUGAAAAUCCUCUGGAGGGACUAGAUCUCAGAGAAGUCCAGCAGGCUGAACACCACAGUGCAGAACCGCUGCCGGAUUCACAGCAGCCAUGAGUCAGCACGCUGAUGAGCACUGGAUCAAGGAGAGGCUGGAGCAGUUGAGAUGCCACUUCACAUGGCAGUUAAUAAUUGAAGCCAAGGAAAUGCUAGAUUUGGAAAGCAGGAUUUUGGAAGAGAUUGAGUUCCUAGACACUCAAUACAAUGUGGAAAUACACAACCUCCUGGCCUACGUGCAGCAUCUGAAAAGCCAAAAUGAGGCAGCCCUGGAGAACCUGCAAAUGGCUGAAGAGCUCAUCCGGCAAAAACAUGGGGACCAAUCUGAUGUGAAAAGUUUGGUUACUUGGGGCAAUUAUGCUUGGGUGUACUACCACCUGGGGAAAGUGGCGGAAGCUCAGACUUACCUGGACAAGGUGGAGAAGACUUGCAAGAAGUUUGAAAGUCCCUCCCACUAUAGGAUAAGGUGCCCCGAGAUAGACUGUGCUGAAGGAUGGGCCUUUCUGAAGUGUGGAGGACGAAACUAUGAACAGGCCAAAGUCUGCUUUCAGAAGGCUCUGGAAGCGGACCCUGAAAAUCCUGAAUUCAGUACGGGGUAUGCAAUUACCCUAUACCGCCUGGAUGGCUUCACCAGAGAAACACAACCAACUGAGCUUUCUCUGCUCCCCCUGAGGCAGGCUGUCAGGUUAAAUCCAGAAGAUGUACUUAUUAAAGUUCUCCUAGCCCUGAAGCUUCAGGAGGUAGGACAAGAAGAGGAAGGAGAACAGUACAUUGAAGAAGCACUGACCAGCACAUCCUCCCAGACCUAUGUCUUUCGACAUGCAGCCAGGUUUUACCGGAGAAAGGGCUCUGUGGAUAAAGCGCUCCAAUUCUUAAAAAUGGCCUUGCAGAGGACACCAGACUCUGCCUUUUUGCACCACCAGAUUGGGCUUUGCUACAGGGAUCUCCUGAUCCAGACAAAGGAAGCCAACAACAGGCAGCCUAGAGUGCAGAGCCGACCACAUGACAACAUAAUAAAAUCAGCUAUAUUUCAUUUGGAGUAUGCUGUGAAACAAAAGCCCACUUUUGAUGUUGCUUAUGUACACCUGGCAAGUAUGUAUAUAGAAGCAAGUGAUUACAGAAAGGCAGAAGAGACUUACCAAAAAGUAUUAGAGAUCAAACCAUUUGAAGCGGUGAAAAAGCAAAAGGUACAUUUCCAAUAUGCCCGGUUUCUGGAAUUUCAAAGGAGAUAUGAUGAUGGUGCAAUUCGCCAUUAUUUAGAAGCAAUCAAAAUAGAAACUGAGUCAUUUGCCAGGGAAAAGAGCAUCGGUUCACUGGAGAAACUGGCUUUAAGGAAAUGUCACAGAAACCCAUCUGAUGAGGAAAGUUGGGGCCUCCUUGGGUUCAUCCAUAAAAUGAAAGGAGAAAUUAAUGAAGCGCUGGACUGCUAUGAGAAGGCCAUCGGGCUGGCUACUGGCUUUGAGCUCUCUAAGAGAGGGCGUCCCUAGGCACUAAAAGACCAGCAUUGUCACACUCGAUUUGAUUUUAGGCUAAUAUGUCAUGAGUUCUCUUUCCUGCAUGCUGCAUUCAAGAAAUGUAUUAUAUAAUUCACUAUGAUAAGAUGCUUGAACAAUGCAAGCUGUAUUCAGAAAAACACUGAAGGAAAAUAAAAUGUCUAUGUAACAGAUAGUUUAUUGUGCCAGCCUGGCCAAUAAACACAAGUGGGAUUCA